AUGUCCAGCCCUCGCCAAAAUCGUCGACAGCAGCAUCUUAACCCUGAACGUCGCAAGGAAGACGAUAUUGAUCGACGCGUCACUAGGCGUCACCAGUCUAAUCCGGACCGCAUCAACCAGAAACCUGAGAAGGAUCCGGAUGAGCAAUACCAGGCGAGUCAAGAGGCUCGUCACCACUCAGAGACGAACCUAGCUUACAAGAGAAUGACGUUGUAUUCGACACCGAGUCUAUGGGAGCUUCCGACCCGCGUGCGGAUCAAAACCGGACCGAUACUGGCGAAUAUGUAG